AUGUAUAGCGCGGUUGCCCAGCACGGUAGCGUGAAUGCUGCCAAUAAUAGUAAUAACAACAACAGCAAUAAUAAUAAUAACAACUCUGGAUCUGUUUCAGGUGAUGCAGCUACACCUAACUUGAAUGUUGCCGCUAUUGGUGGCACAGGAUCAAGUAAUCCACCUCCAGGUGUGGUGCCCUCUAAGAAUAAGGCUCUAAAUGAUGAACAGAUUUAUCAAUGGACUUCAGAACUUGUGAAUGGUGUUAACCGCGAACGUGCAUUACUAGAAUUGGGUAAGAAGAGAGAGCAAUACGAUGACUUGGCCUUGGUGUUGUGGAAUUCUUUCGGUGUAAUGACUGUAUUAUUAGAGGAAAUUAUAUCUGUAUACCCAUUUUUACAUCCUCAAGUAUUGACAGCUUCAGUUUCAAACCGUGUUUGCAAUGCUCUUGCUUUGUUGCAAUGUGUGGCUUCCAACCCUCAGACAAGAGGUUUGUUCCUUAGUGCCAACUUACCUUUAUAUCUUUAUCCAUUCUUGUCGACCAAUUCAAGACAAAGAUCGUUUGAAUAUCUUCGUUUGACAAGUUUGGGUGUCAUUGGGGCGCUAGUUAAAAAUGAUACACCAGAAGUUAUUAAUUUCUUACUUGCUACAGAAAUUGUGCCAUUGUGUCUUAAUAUCAUGGAAAUCUCAUCAGAGCUUUCUAAGACAGUGGCAAUUUUCAUCCUUCAGAAAAUUCUCUUAGACGAUCAAGGGUUAUCAUAUGUUUGCACAACUUAUGAAAGAUUUCACACAGUAUCCUCCGUACUAGCAAAAAUGAUCGAACAAUUAAGUGCAUCUACAGCAAAUUCUCACCAGCAGCAGCAGAAUCAACUGAAUGGACAACUGCAGGCUGGACAGCAAGGGAACGGUCAACAACAAGGUGGGCAACAACAAUCCCAACCUUCAAAUAGCUCUGGGCGUCUAUUGAAGCAUGUAGUACGUUGUUACAUGAGAUUGUCUGAUAACUUGGAAGCUAGAAAGGCGUUGGCUAAUAUUUUACCAGAGCCUCUUAGGGAUGGAACGUUUUCACUAAUUUUACAGGAUGAUGUUGCUACAAAGAGGUGUUUGGCCCAAUUAUUAUCGAACAUUAGCGAACAGUAG